GCUGAGAAGGCAAUAAAUACCUGCGAAAGAAAAACGCACAACAGGGCCUGAGGGGUUUUUGUUCCGGGGGAAUGGACUAAAAAGGGAGAGAAACAAAGAACGGGGCGAGGUCUUCAGGGGUUCCUCCCCUGCUCAGUCUUAUUUUCUCUCGUCCCUUUCUCUUUCCUUUCCUUUCUUCGAGAUAGGAGUUCUGGGUGGCCAUAAAACUAGUUGAGCCGGGGGCUCCGCCCCAGUCUAUUUGGUAGUCGGGGUUUAGGAGCGAAGCUCCAAGCGCCUGGGGGAACCGAACCUCGAGCCUGGACCCCGGAGGGGGCUGCACCGGGCGGGCUUUUUAACUGCAAACUCUCUGGAGGAGCGGCGGGAGCCAAAGGAAGUUCGAAACACCCAAGGCACUCUUCCUUUUAGGGCAACGGGGAGAGGCAGCAGCUCGGGGCCGGGAGAAGUCACGGGCUCUGGCGGAGGCGCCAAACAGCCUCACCUGCGCGCCUAGAACCCACCUGCCCUCGCACACGCAGCCACACCUACGCGGGCCGACACAAGAAACCACACGUCCCUUACACACUCACUCGCCCUUACGUCUAUACUCGCGUGCAGCCAGGCACCCAGAUUGGCGAGCACAAAAGAACGCGCAUCAGGGAGGAGUUGGCUCCUGCCUUAUCCCUCUUUUCACUACUUUGUACCCCUGGAAAGCCUUGGACUUAUUGGAGCCUUUUAGUCCUGUUCAGAAGAUGAAGACGCAUCUCCUAUUGUUGAUGCUGCUGCUGCUGCUGCCUCCAUUGCCUGUAUCCUCAGCAAGGAAGGUGAGAAGACAAAAUGAAAACUGGGGCCACUGGGGAGAGUGGAGCCAAUGUAGCAGGACCUGCGGCGGAGGGGUCAGUUUCCAGGAGCGACACUGCUAUUCCCAGAGGAUAGAUGGCAGCUCCAGCUGUAUUGGACCCACCCGAAAUUAUCGUUCAUGCAACACUGAGAGCUGUCCCCAGGGCACCCGGGAUUUCCGAGCAGAGCAGUGUGCAGAAUUUGAUGGAAAGGAAUUCCAAGGAAAGAAAUACAAGUGGUUUCCAUAUUACGGAGCUGCUAACAAGUGUGAGCUGAACUGCAUUCCUAAGGGGGAAAACUUCUACUACAGACACAAGGAGGCAGUAGUGGAUGGGACCCCAUGUGAGCCUGGCAAACUGGACAUCUGUGUGCAGGGCACUUGUCAGGCUGUUGGCUGUGACCACGUGCUCUACUCAUCCAAGAAAGAAGACAAGUGCCUACGCUGCGGAGGUGAUGGCCAGACCUGCUAUCCAGUCAAAGGCACUUUUGAUGCCAAUGACCUCACCAAAGGUUACAACCAAAUUUUGAUCAUUCCCGCAGGAGCUACCAGCAUCCAUAUUGCAGAAGUUACAGCCAGCAGGAAUUUCCUGGCAGUGAAGAAUGUUCGGGGGGAGUAUUACCUGAAUGGCCACUGGACUAUUGAGUUUGGCCGGGCCUUGCCAGUGGCCAGCACUAUCCUUCAGUAUGAACGAGGCUCUGAGGGGGACCUGGCCCCUGAACACCUUCGUGCCCGGGGUCCUACCUCUGAGCCCCUGGUCAUCGAGCUUAUCAGCCAAGAGCCCAACCCAGGGGUGCAAUACGAGUACUACCUGCCCCACUGGCCCCUGGACACUGGAUUCACCUGGAGUCAUGGUUCCUGGAGUGACUGCAGUGCAGAAUGUGGAGGAGGUUAUCAGACACGCCUGGUAUUCUGCACCACCAUCAAUGAGGUUUAUCCUGAUCAUAUGUGCCGGCAUAAGCCCCAGCCAUCUGACAAUCGCACUUGCAACCUUCAGGCCUGCCCACAAACCAAGCGGAUCUCAUACCUCCACCGGCCGGGAGUGUGGAGCCAUGGCCAAGCCCGAGGCAUGUGUGGGAAAAGUUGGAAGACUGGACCAUGGACCGCCUGCUCAGCUCCUUGUGGAGGGGGUUCCCAGUCCCGCCAUGUCUACUGCGUCGUAUCCGAUGGGGCAGGCAUGGAGGAAGCUACUGAUGAAGCUUCGUGUUCGGCCCUGCCGGGGAGGCCCCCAAGCACACAGUCCUGCAACCUGCAUAGGUGUGCGGCCUGGAGCUCAGGGCCCUGGGGAGAGUGCUCAGCCAGCUGUGGCCCAGGGGUUCGGAGCCGGACAGUCACCUGUUGGGGUGAUGAAGGUUCUGCACUCCAAGAUUUUGCCUGUUCCUCAGCCGACAAGCCUCCCCUGACUGAGGCCUGCAUGGGAGAGAACUGCCCUCUUCAGGAGCCUGGGUGGCAUAUUGGUGACUGGGGGCUGUGCUCUAAGAGCUGUGAUUCAGGCAUCCGGAAAAGGCAAGUCAUUUGUGCUGACAGGGAUUCCAAUGUCUAUAGUUCUGACCUCUGCCAGGUGCGCCAGCCCCAGAUGCCAGCUGAAGUAGAAGCUUGUAACACACAAUCCUGCCACCUGCCUCAAGAGGUCCCUAGCAUGCAGGAUGUCCAAGGCUAUGACACCAGUCGCCAGGAUCCUCCGGAAACUCCUUCCCAAGGUGGUAGGGAGGAAUGGUGGCUACACAGGAACCAGCCCCCAUCCGAACAUAGCCGCGAGGGCCACGGAGGCUCUAACUUGUUGCCUCAGCACCAGGAGUCUGGCUGGGGGAGCUCCGGCUCUCGGCAGUACCACCAGCAGAGGGACCCUGUGUCGAGGCCACAGCCUCCCGACUGCCGUCACAGUCUCCAUGGGUGUUGCCCAGAUGGCCAUACGGUGGCUCCUGGCCCCUUGGGACGUGGCUGUCCCAGGAUCUCAUGUCAGCAGAGCACGUACGGAUGCUGUCCGGAUGGAGUCUCUUCAGCCCUGGGCCGAAAUCAUGCAGGCUGCCCGCGGUCACAUGACGAGACCCACGUGAACAGGCAUGGGCCUAGAGCGGCCUCCUCUCCGGCCGAGUCCCGACCUGACCCCUCCGUGGAGUGCCGAGGGUCCCGGUACGGGUGCUGCUAUGAUAACUCAGCUUCCAGCACGGGCCCCCUGGGAGAAGGCUGCCAAGGCAGGCCCAGCUCCCCCUACCCAGUCAGGUGCCUGCUGCCCAGUGCACAUGGCUCCUGUGCAGAUUGGACCCCUCGCUGGUAUUUCAUUCCCACUGUGGGCAAGUGCAACCGGUUCUGGUAUGGUGGCUGCCAUGGCAACAGAAAUAACUUCCUUUCUGAGGAGGAGUGCAUGAAAAGCUGCCAUGAGGGAGCUGAGGACAGUGUCACAGGACCCCUAACUCAUGGAGCAGAGCGGGGAUGGGCAUCUCCCUCCCAGAGGGAGAUAGGCACACCUUUGGGUCCCAGCCAGCCCAGGCAAGGGCCCUCCGGUUAUAACCAAGGAGGAGGCACUGGGGACCACCAUGAUGCCUCUUACCAUGGCCAGCCAUCCAGAAAUGAUGACCAGAGUAGGACUGGGGAAAGUUGGGGACUAGACCACACAGGGACAUCCCAGGGAAGGCCCUCCCUUUCGGCCAGCACUUCUAGGCUAGAGCAAGGCGGGCAGGCUCUGAGGCCAGAGAAGACUCAGCUGUCCAGGACCUUUGAGCAGGAAAUCUCAAAAAGUCAACAUACAGGACACCAGGACCGGGAGGACAGACCAAGUGUAUUUGUGCCAAGAGAAGACAGCAGGCAACCAGCUCCACACUCACAGGUUCCAUCUCACAGAAUUGUCUUGGACAGGACAGAAUAUUCUGGGGUUCAGGUCACCCUGGGGCAGAUGGUCCGAUUCUUCUGUGUGGCAGGCGCCAGCCCUGAUGUGAAAUGGCAGAAAAAUGGGAAACCAGUCAGAUCAUCAAAUAGGUACCACCUGCAGCUCGAUGGCUCCUUGGCCAUCAGUUCAGUGAGUGAGGAGGAUGCCGGCACCUACACCUGCAGCACUUCUGUCGGUGGCCAGGAUAGCAGUCGCCAAGUUCAACUCUGGAUCACAGGGGAUGAUAGGGAAGCCCCUGCAGAGGCUGAGAGGAAUCUCCCUCCGAUUCAAGACCACAAACACCUGGAUUUUGGCAUGGGAGGAGGCAGGCCGGGUCACAGGCCCAGCUCCCCCAGGCACCGCCAGCCAGGGCCCAGGUUGAGCUUUGACAGGAACCAGCCAGGAGUGGUGGAUGCCAAUAUAGGUCAGCGAGUCCAACUGCCCUGUCGAACAUCUGGCUACCCUCCCCCAGUCAUUGAGUGGCAGAAGGACGGACAGCCUCUCUCCUCUCCCAGACACCAGCAGCAGCCCGAUGGCUCCUUGCUCAUCAGCCGUGUUUCCAGGGAGGACGGGGGCUUCUACACCUGCAUCGCUUUCAACCAGCGAGAACGCGAGCAGCGCUGGGUUCAGCUCAGAAUUCUGGGAGAGCUGAAGAUCGUAGGACUAGAACCCGCCGUCACAGUGCCGGAGGGGGGAGACACCGAGCUCCACUGCGUGGUGCUAGGAGACGACGUGAAUGUGAGAUGGUCCAGGAAUGGGGUGCCUCUGCGAGGUGAUGGCUACCGCAUCCACCUGUCCCAGGACGGAACUCUGGUGAUUAACAAUACGCGAGCCCGUGAUGAAGGGUCCUAUACCUGCAGUGCCUACAGUGGGAGCCAGGCUGUCAGCCGCAGCACCGAAGUGAAGGUGGUCUAUCCUAGGCCUCCAGAAGCUGUAGAGCAGCCCAGGGACCCCAGUAGGGAGUGCAUAGACCAGCCAGAACUCGCCAAUUGUGAUCUGAUCCUGCAAGCUCAGCUCUGUGGCAAUGAAUACUACUCCAGCUUCUGUUGUGCCAGCUGUUCCCGCUAUCAGCCCCAGGCCCGUCCUGUUUGGCAGCAGGGAUGAAAGCUGUCUCCUGCCUCCCAAACAUCAUGGCUGGGGAGAGGCAAGACAUAGAAGGGCAGACAGAAGGUAAACCCAAGUGUCUCCUCCACAGACUGUCCUUUGAAAAACCCAUCAAUUAUAACAGUGCGGCAGUAGCAACAGCUGGGAUGAGUUCCUGCCCUAAUCAUCCAUGCCUCCUUUGUUUGCUCUUCAGACACUAUCGUAAGUCAUUUCGUAACGAGACUGCUUAGAUGAAAACAGAAGUCUGCUAUUUCCCACACUGAGCUCUAGGGGACAGAACUGGUAUUUUUAUAUAUUUUUUUAGAAUACAGUUUUCACAGCUCCAAAAGACCCGCAUUAUUCACCUUGGCUGAAUGGGUGUUAAAGUGUGGUCCAUCUGAGUUAACACACAUCUUUUAUAAGGAUCAAUAAUUUUGCUGCAUCCAAACCAGUCUGACCUUCCUUUGGGGUCAAGAUGGGCACCGAUCUGAGAUCCGAAUGCUUUUGCAGCCUAGAAAACUUCCGUUAUCAGACAACCUCAUCUGAAAACCUCCUCUGGAGAGAGGGUUUGAAUCUGUUGCUCCCAUCUGGCACACAGCCUUGGUAGUCUUGAUCCCGAGGGGCGAUUCAUUUGGCUUUUCGGUUGAGGGUUACCUCACACAGAUCCAAGUUAAACUGCUUCCAUAAACCCAAAGCUGUCCCAUGACACCAAGGCCAGAACUAAAUAAAGCAGCAAUCACUGGAGUAACUGUGUUCUGUGCACUGAAUAACACCAAAGUAACAGCACCAGGUGUGUAUAGAUGAGUGUUAACAGAAGGAUAAACACAACCAUCUCAGCUCUCCAUGUGGCUAAUUCCCAACUGAAUACCUCUAAUAUUGUCUCCAAAUGGAAAUACAAGCCUUGGAUGUGGUGUGGCUUUGAAAAAACUGGCUCUCCUCUGGGACAGUGUCUUCCUAUAUUGGCACAGCUGGGCACUGUUUGGAAACGGAACCAACUGCAUCAAGGCUAUUUCUCAAUCUACCCCUCCCUCUCAUUCCAGGGAGCUCUGUGGGAAAGACAUUUUUACUUUAUAAAAAUAUUAUUAGGCAUUAUCAAAGUUUCUUUUCACUUUUAUGGAUGCUGCAGAAAUUGGAAAAUAAAGUCUGUUUUCUUAUGCUUA